CAUGAUUAGCCAGAAGCUUGUUCGGCGUUACGUGAGACGGACGGAAAAGUUUUCAGAAUAGAUAGAGUCACGCUUUGAUACCGAUUCUGCCGUCUAGGGAAAGGGAGAGAGAGAGAGGUGUGAGCGUGUUUCGGAGCAGAAGUAUCUUCGGUUUUGGAAGCAGACGACGUGCAAUCGUGUUAAGUAGCAGACGACGUGUACGUGAGCCUACCUGAAAACCCACAGACAGACGCGCACAAAGUGGCAAUCGAGCCGGAAACCUGCAGCUUAACAGCGCAGUUUUGUUUUAUCGUUUCUCACCGACCAAGAAUAUUUCCAGUGAGAAUAGCGUGGUGUUCAGAAGAGGUUCAUUGGACUUUAAUUGAUCGUCGCCUCAAAAGCCAAGGUUCACCGCUACAAACACAUAUUCGGACCAGGUUCCAGACGCCGCAGACAGCUCCAAAGCAGAAGUUGUACACAUUUUUCCAAGGGUCCCGCGUCGGAGAGCACGAACUGCUGCUAAACGAGUGGAAACAAACGACAAAGUAGUCGGUGGUUCAGCCUUUUUCUUUUUUUUUUCGUGCGUGUGUGAAACAGAAACCGACAAAGAAAAAGAAGCUUGUCCCAAACUAAGUCAGAAAAAGCAGAAGUUAUUACUUCUGCUUCAGACGCUCAGCAUCGUCUGCUGCGUGAUACACCAGACAAACAGACGUACUCUAGCAUCAGAGGCCUUCCUAACCUGUUCCUUGACCCGUCGAUGCACGCGUACUCUCUGUGGCGGAAGCUGCUCGCGGGCACUCACAGGGACCCGAGCCAAGCCAAGGCCAAGACGCGUUCCAAGACGAAGACGAGGCGAGACAAGCGCGAAGACUCGUCUGCGGUGGCCCCUCAACAGGGACAUGGGCCUCGCAAGGCUCCCGUGCCCUCCGACGCUCACGGCGCGGGCGGGGACGGCGUCAUCGGUACCGUCCUCGGCGCCGUCGGCGUUCGGAGGCUCAAGAUCAUGACUUCGCGGAGUCGCGUCUGCGGCAAGUACAAGGUCAACAACCAGAACCUGGAGAAGUUCGAGCAGAUCCUCUCGAAGAUUCCCGAAGGCGAGAAGACCAAGGCGACGCUGUCCUCGGCUUCGCUGCCAGAGAGGCGUGAAGAUGCCUGCCGCACCCCGGUUCUGCAGCAGCCCAUCGAGAGACCCGGUCCAGACAUCAGCCCGUCCGCGACAAUGGGCAGCUCCGUCACGGCCGAGUACGAGCUGUUCUGCAAGGCGUUCCACAGCGAGGCCAAGCAACUGCUUCCCGACGAGGAACAGCAGAAGGUGUCAAUGAACCCGAUGCGACAGCUGCUUCAGCAGGCUUCCGAAGCGGCCGCCAAGGGUCUGCAGCUGCAGCGAGUCACCACAGCGGCCGGCACGCCCCCUGGCUUCAGCGCCGGUGGAUCCGUGAAGCGCGCUCCGGAAACGUACGCAGCGCCGCCAGCGGCCUCGACCGCGUUGGUCGCGACGCCCGCCUGAAGGAGGCGCUCUGAACGCGCGCCAUGAGUAGGCGAUUCGAGAGCAAUGGGUUGUGCUUGGUUGUGCGCUGUUGGCGUUGUAGAGCUUCGUGUUUCUAUUACAUAGCUCGUGUCAUUCGGUUGCUCACUCGUUCGUAUCACGCUGUUGCAGGACUUACAAAAGGCGGGAGCCGGAAGAAGCGGCAAAAAACGCGCGCAGUUUAACAUUCGUAGUUGUGCGUGUCUGUUUGCUUCUUGCGGCACUGUCUUUCGUGGAACUUGGCCGCAGAGCGGUACGUACGGCGUAGCCGCACGAUGUUUCCAACUAAAAUUAGCAGAGGGAGCUCUGACACUCUGAUCGUUCGGCCACCAUGGCAAUUAUGGGCAGCAAUUGCGUUUGUCCAACCUUUACGCUUCUGGUUUCGAACGUCCUUGUGCCCUUAUUUAUUACGCUUGAUCUACCUUUAUAAAUCUAAACUUUCAAGCAGUCGUAUUCUAAAAGCACUAAAUAUUCUGCACGCGUGCAUAACUAUUACGAAUUGUUGUAUCUAUAAGGCACCACUUUGUCGAAUCUGAUCGAUUUGCAAUGUCACAAAGUCGAUCGAAGUCACUAGGACUAUGUUUAGACCAAAUUCACAUACUGCAUAUCAUGGCCCUUGUUGCCUGAAACGCCACGCUUUCAGCUCCAAUAGAUACUAGCGCCAAGUUUCCCCCUAUAGUAAUCAUUGUAGGAAUAUAUUAUGCGCAGCAAAGCAGAAGAUUUGUCAACACGUCACGUGUCCCCAGCUCAACUCGGGAGGAAGUUCGCGUCUACAUAUUCACUGACCUUUCGCCAACUUUUUUUGUGAAUUAUACUCCGUAUUCGUUUCGCAUUCAUAUCUGAUGUCCCCCGUUUCCCCCUUCGCUAGUCAAAGGGCGGCCAAGUGCGACGUCACAGUCCUCGUGAUCCUGACGUACCUGUACGUCAACUCUGCGGAACGUAGCGAGAAAAUACUGUAACGAGAAAGACACCGCGAUUUGCUGAAGAAUGUUUACGCGUACGGUAUUCACAUAACACAAACUGCAGCGCUGGCCAAUGUAGCCCUGGCAGCUCAAGCAAGGAUGAGGGCCCGUAUUCACGAAAAGUUCUUACGUUCGAACUCUUCUUAAGGGAACGUUCCAGCCACUCCUGACGCUGGGCAUAUUACUAACGAAGCCGACCAGCCAUGGCAUAGAGCACUAACGGCAGAAAAGUUUUGGGAAUUCGGCCCCAGUUACUCUUCAUCGGGGCGAUUGUGAAUACGUUCAAGAGGCGCACGUAGAACGCGCGUAGCAAUGUAUCGUGUAAACAAACAAAGCGUAAUCGAAACUUCUCGCCGGUGACGUCAUCCUGUGACAUCACGAAUGUUUUCGCAUUUUCGUACCUUUUUACUGCUCAGAAAAGAAAACUAAAUUUCGACGGCUUUAGCGUUCCUUAAUUUUAUGAUGCCAACUAAUUUUGUACACGUAUAAGCAGCCGUAGCUGCCUGGCACUGACGAAAUCAAUAACGCCACGGGAAAUAGCGAUAUAGCUUGUGAUUGGCUAGUGCUGAUAUUAUAUAGUUUCGUCGGUUAUACGUCUCAUAAUUUUACUUCUAUCUAUGGUAUACUAAGGCUCCAUUGUAAGUAAAACUUGCUCCUUUGCUAUUCCCAGCAAUGCUGCCUGAAUAUUUUCCAAGUUGCUUGUACUUCAGCGUCCCUCUAUAGUGCAAUAAGAUAUUUUGGUAAUUGUAGAUGUGCACAAAGCUAUCAGAGACCACGUGGUAGCCACUGCGCAUUACUCGUAACCACUCCUCCUGUCACGAGUAAACGCUUAGCACCCUUUGGUGACGUCAACAUUUUGGGAGAGAUACGCCAGAAGUACGAGUUAGGUCUAACGAUCGACAGUUUCGCAGCGCGAGACAAGUCAGCAACAGUGAUCACCAAACUUUCGCGUAAGCAUCUCCAAGUGACAACCAUGGCGUCCGGUUGGCUCCUUAUUUGAGUGCGUUUUUUUAUAUUCUUAUUAUCAAAUAUUUUGUAUAUACGCUCUUACCCAGAGUAUAUAACGUGCAUGAGUUUUAGGAGGCGUUUGUUGUCUGUUUAGAAUGAAACUAUUUUGAAUGUUUGUGUAUUUAUCUUAUAUUGACUGUGCAGCGCUCAGACGUCGUUCUUUUUUAUCUUGCCUUUGAUGUGUUUAUAAAUGAAUUUAAGUUCCUAAAUUAGGUUUCGAAUAAGUUUCAGUUUCUAAAGCCAACAUGUAUCUCCAAGUGCAACUGAUUGGAUUUUUUUCGACGUUCUGUAUUGUUCGCAUUAUUGCAAUCAUUCUUGCACAUGUGUUCACGUCGCGUUGCUUUAAUGCGGUUCAGUGCCGACUAGAUGAGCUGUGUCCUGAAAGCGGAACCAGUAAUAAAUAUGUAACCAAGUAGAAGGGCAUUCAACACUGUUAGGUUACUACCUGGUUGUCUUUACGCAUAUUUCAUUAUCACACUGCAACAACUCUACUGAUGUGUAACACUCGGAACUUCAAUUGUUGUGGUAUGCAAUUAGAGGCCAUCAUUGAUUUACUUGUAAUAAAGAUUAUUGUUGUAUUACUAUCAAGAUUACGUGCAUGCGAUUACAAAGUCUAUAUAACACUUAUUUUGUUGAUCUCAAUAUUUCGCAUAAGUCGCUGUCAGUGUCUUGUACCGAGUUUCGCAGUUUUGCGUGUAAGUUACUUUCCCACAUUGUACUCAAGUCGACACUUGUUUAGAACACGCUUCUGACGGGCAACAGCUGCUGCCAAAGGAUUAGGCGACCAGCAGGGCGAGAGAAGACAAAGAACCUCGUAAAUGUAGCUACGCGUGCAUGGUCGAAUCCAGCCGGCUUCGAACCACGUGUUAUGGUUAAUGUCGCCAACGUGUCGUCAACGAGCACGUGUUUCGCGCGUUCUAGGCAAGUGUCUUGACCUCCGUACAACCAUUUUUCUCCGUGUUGUUUUGUCGCGAAUUUACCUUAUGUUUUGUCGAACGUGAACGCUUUCUUUUCCAUGUCUAGGAAUUUCGGAUACUGCCUUUUUGGUAAUUUCUUGAACUUCACCGCAGUACACCUAUGAAACUCGAAGGGCCAGCAUUGUAAAAAUAAUCACACUUGAAAAUAUCCGCCGAGUUUCAACAAAUUUCCGUUAGCAAGGUCCAGUGAUUACGUCCUAGUAACAUACGAAUUUAAGGCACUUAAGUCGUAACAUAUUUGCAGCGUUGUAGCGGUGUUUUGGUCCUGAGAAAAGCACGGCUAAAACGCAGCAGAGAAGUUACGACUAAGUGCCGUAAAUCCGCAUGUUAUUAGAAGCGCAUACCCUCGCGACGUUGCUAACAGAAACUUGUUGAAAGUCGCCUGAUCUUUUGAAAUGUAAACUUUUCAAAAUGCUGCCCACUGAGUUACGCCGGUGUAUUGCGGUGAAGUUGAAUAGAUGGCCCCAAAGGGGCAUUGUCCAAAUUUCUUCGGAAUGAUAACCGCCCUCUUACGUUUAAGGCGUAUUUUUUUUUCUAAUAAUGUUCAAAUACUUUUUCUCUUUCUUGUUUGUCUCUGCAUAUUUUACCUGUUUUCGCUUACAAUCUCUUGUCAAUUAUUCGUUUUUCGCGUCUGUAUACAUGUGCGCUUGUAUUCAGACCUUAGGGUAAUUCCUGGGCCCGUGAAAUAAAGUAUUAUAAAGUA